AUGGAUCGCCACGACGAGCCUCGAGACAACAUGAGUAGCCCUCGGAGCUAUACUGACGGUCAAUGGAGCCCCCCACCCCGGUUUCAAGAGCACGAUCAGGUCUAUGCAGCUGAGGGAUCACCUCAAACCUACUCACCGAACCCAAAUUCUCCUCCAGGUCUCUCCCCGCAUCUUCAGGAAUAUCAGCAACACGAAUAUCAACACUCGCAGAUCUCAUCGCAAAACCAUGAGGGAUACCAGGAUGGGUAUUCAAACUCGCCGUACUCGACGGAGAAGGAAACACCGUAUACUACAUAUAAUGCGCUUGGAAACCCAACCCCUGAUUUUUCAGGACCACAGGUCGUACCAGGACAAUUCUCCGAAUACCCCCACGGUCAUCGAUCAUUGUCGCCCUCGUCGCAAGGAGGCACAACGCUCACAUCUCCGCAGCUACGGCCAUAUGGGUUCAAAGAGCAUGUCGACCCCAGUGAUUCAAUCUCGCGACCUGGAACCGUUCCUCCACCUGUUCCACCGAAGGAUGACCGAAAGUGCGGCAUGAAGAAGCGCACAUUCUUCAUUCUCAUCGGAUGCGUGCUCAUCUGGCUCAUUGCUCUCGGAUUAGGUCUUGGUCUGGGCCUAGGUCUGGGUCUGAAGAAGAAGAGCUCGAAUGAGACCAAGUCUGAUCCAUUUUGUCGCAGCAAGCCCGAGCUAUGUAUUGGUGGAGCACUCCAAUCAAACUAUUUUUCCAAGCAGGGCGCCUUCAACGGGACAGGUAUUGCGUUGGCUGGAGAGUCAUGGAACACAGGCCAGCGACGAAUCUUCACACUCUAUUUCCAGCAUCACACCGGUGACAUCAGGUUCAUGCAAUACACGACCGACCGCAAGUGGGUUGGCGGCAAGAAGUCUGAAACCGUCGCGAGUGAUGCAAAAGAUGGUUCACCCAUCUCAGCUGUAGCUACUUUCAUAAACUCCACCCAAUAUUUCCACAUUUUCUAUGUUGACAAGAACCACACGAUCAAACAGGUGACCAAGACCAAUACUAGCGACAUCUGGCAGCCUGGACCGUUGACUGAUCUCAAACUGAAGGCCUACGACAAUCCCAGUGUGGGAUUGCAGGCGUGCUGGAAGGGCAACUACUAUGGCGACUCUGAUUUCACUAAAUUUCCAACUGCUUCGGGCCAGCAAAACCAGCAGCCUUUCGAGGAGCGCCUCGGUAUAAAUAUCUGGUUCGCGAUUGAUGAUUCGACGUUUCAGCAAUAUGCCUGGUACAAUGGGCAGAACGUAUGGGUUCCCAUCCAGCGCUGGCAAGGUUUCAAUACUCACGCCGGUGUUGGAUGCUACAGUUGGGGUGAGGGCACCACCACCUACGCUAUGUUAUCCAACAAACAAAACGACAUUGAGUUUUGGUGGAAGGACACAAACACCACAACCAGCUCCCAAGACAAACAUCCCAUCAAUUCGUGGGUGAACUCCACGUCUGGGGCAAUCCGCGGUGUCUAUCCGACCACCUCCCUCGGCUAUACCACGUACUUCUAUGCUCAAAUGGCGGACAAGAGUAUCAAAGGAUACAACAUCACGUACCAAGCCGAGAACACGACGUUCGUUGAGGACCAAACGUUCACGAUUACGGAUCCCGCCGGCCCAGUCAAGGGACUUGGGGGCACACAUCUCACAGUCACGGCGUUUGCGGAAAAAGAUGCUGAUAGAAAGACGCUCUGGGACAGUUUAUAUGUCUUCUAUCAGACUGCCGGCGAUGACAUUACCGCUUUCACGCGUCCAUUGGCUGGAGGCGAGUGGACGAAGGGAACACUAGCGAUCCCGAAUGAGUGA